UCUCUCCGUGUUGCUAAGUUGGGUGUUGAGCACUGUUUAAAUGUUUUUCCUCGGAUGUGAUUACAGGAAUCAACGUUGUGAUGAUACUGUUCUUCUUCCCUUCGGAAAAACAUUCCUUCAGGUGGUGGUUUUUCUUCAAAGGUGUGUUGGAAUGAGACCUCUGCGGACUCUGGUAGUGCAAGCAUGGAGCAAGAGCCAAGACUAUUCCCCCUUGGACCUGCACUAGCCUACAGCAGCUGCACUGGCUUGAAGGAGCAAUGUGAUCCUACAGAGGCUUUUCAUCUGAAGUGCUAGAAGACGUUUGGCAGUCGCUGCCCUGCUCUGGUUGCAAGCAGUGACUCAGUUGCUCAUAUAGCUCAGAGGUGAUGCUGUGCACCAAACACUGAGAUGCAGCCCUUGCUGACUUGGAGGAAGGCCCAGGAGACAGUGCCCUGGAACAUCAUCUUGCUGCUUGGAGGAGGCUUUGCCAUGGCAAAGGGCUGUGAGGAGUCUGGUUUGUCUGUCUGGAUAGGAGGCUGUCUGCAUCCUUUGGAGGGUGUACCACCGCUGGUGGCUGUCAUCCUCGUCACGAUUGUCAUCGUCUUAUUCACGGAGUUUGCCAGCAACACAGCCGCUAUUAUCAUCUUUCUGCCUGUCUUGGCAGAGCUGGCUGUUCAUCUGAAAGUAAAUCCCCUCUAUUUGAUGGUAGCAGGGACUAUAGGAUGCUCCUACACAUUCAUGCUGCCAGUCUCAACGCCUCCUAACUCAAUUGCAUUUUCUUCUGGGCACUUGAUGAUCAAGGAUAUGGCAAGGACUGGGUUGCUCAUGAAUGUUAUGGGAGUUCUGCUUCUUAGCUUGGCUAUGAACACCUGGGCCAAGAGCAUCUUCCAGCUGGGGACCUUCCCUGCAUGGGCCAGCAUCCAUGCAGAAAUGCCACCACACCCCUGACAGCUGUAGAAAAUGUCACUUUAAGUGCACUAAAUAAAAUACGAACAAAGCCAUCCCCGGGGAAGAACUCACUCACUUAGGAAUUGGGCACUGGAAUCAUCAGAGCAUGCGCAGGAAGAAAGCUGCAUGGCUGCUGACACUGUGUGGGACACUCUGUUGUAAGUUUAUGUUUAGAAAUACUGGUCAAUGUCACAACAUCCAUUUGUUAUUUUCUCUGAAAAUCUUUCCCCACCUUCCCCAGGUGCCAGUCAGACUCUUCCAGAGUGUAUCUCUCAUAGGUGGUUGUUAAAUGGAGAACCCUGUGUCGAGCAUCUUUGGGUCGAUGCCUCUUCCCCCAUGAAAGCUGGCAAGCUUUGCCACCCUAGCUUCUGAUAUCCUACCUCAUUUUGGAGAGUAGUGCUGGGAACUGGGUGGAAGUAACUGGAUUAUUUAUGUGCAACCCAAUUUGAGUGAUUGUAUCAGAAUCUGGCCAGGGGUAAGGUGGUACGGCUGGGUGCUUCUAGCACUGUGUGAAGGAUGGUGUCUCAUUACCUACCUCCUCAUGAGUGAUUCUGUAAUGGAGGAUGAAGACUAUUUGUGUGUGAAGGGAUGAUCCAAGGAGAUGUGUUGCUAGGACUUGGUGCAUUACCGCAUGCUUUAGAAACAGGAAGGAAAUAGUUUAUUUCCAAACAUGUUUGAUGUUUUGAAAACCUGGGGCAGUAAAUUGCUGCCUGGGUCUUUGCACUGAGUGCACAGAUAGGGGCUUGGUACCAAAUGAACUUCUGAUGUAACUCUGGACAUCAGUGGUGUUUCACCGCCGGUCAGUGUGGCCAAUCUUAGGUUUGUGAGACUGACUCGCUCAUGAGCAGCCCACUGAGUCACAGGUCAGUGGGCAAGUUGGACAGGAGUAUUAUUGACAUUCUCAAAAACACGUUUUGAUUCUUAGCUUCUUUUUAAAUCAGACUGCUCGGGUACUUUCAAUGAAAGCAUUACGAAUCGACUGUGAUUUUAAUCACCAUUUUAUCUGAUUUUUAUUUUUCUGUAAGAAUCUAAAAUACGUACUUUAAAAUCAGUUUCAAAAUCAAUCAGCUAUUGAAAUAGAUGGAUUGAACAGUAAAGUAUCCAGUUCUUGGUUUAGGGAAGGUGAGCGACUGGAUCCGGGUCCUGGGACUGAUUUCUCUGAUGAUGUGAACUGGUGGAGCUGGCAAGGUGGACAGGCUGGGUGUAGGGAUCCAGUGCAGCCCUCUGCUCCUGUGCUGCUGAUAAACCUCAGAGACAGGUGGGAGAGCUGAGAGGGCGAUGCUGCCAUGGGGGGGUUACCCCAGGGUCACAUGGGAGCUGGGACUCAGGGGGUUGAACCAAUGGAAUGUGGAACUUGGAUCAGUCACGUUCAAAAAAAAUCCUUAAUGUUCAACAGAAUCCUUAAGUUCUACAGAAUCCUUACUGAUUGUGGAAAACUUACAA